UUGCUCGUCAAUGACGUCGGAGCCCUUCAGGAGGCUCGUGAGGCUGGUGGCGCGAGCGUUCUACGACGAUGAGAUCCCCCACAAGGGCGCAAACCCUGGCAAGUCCGGCAAAUCGGACAACAAGGGGAUCAGUGUGGUGGUGCUGGAUGCGCUGACGAGAAGACAAUGGGUGAAAGAGGAAGAGCUGGCCAAGAGGCUCAAGCUCCAUCCAAAGCAGCUCCGCCGGACGCUCAGAGUUCUCGAGGACGAGAUGCUGGUGAUUCGAGAGGACCACAAAGAGACGACCAAGAAUGCAAAGGUUUAUAAUGCAGCUGUGGCUGUCGCUGAUGGCGAGCAACAAGGUGGUCCUGCCAACGAGAAGACGAAGGCUCUUCUACAUUCGUACUGCUGCUUAGAUUAUGCUCAGAUUUGCGAUGUUGUUAGAUAUAGGAUACACCGCGCGAAAAAGAUGAUCAAGGACGAACUCGAGGACAAGAACACUGUGCAAGAGUAUGUUUGUCCGGACUCUGGUUGUGGUAGGAGAUACUCCGCUCUGGAUGCAUCAAGGCUGAUCAGCCCAGUGGAUAUGAACUUCCAUUGCGAGAGAUGUGAUGCCGAGCUUGUUGCAAACAAUGAUAAGCUAGCGCCUAAAGACCUUGGCGAAGGGAAUAAUGAGGAAAACGCGAGGCGGCGCCAGCGCGAGAAACUCAAGGAGAUGCUUGAGCGCAUGGAGGUCCAGCUAAAGCCUUUGACGGACCAGCUCGCAAAGCUGAAAGAUCUGACCCCUCCGGACUAUGGAUCAUUUUCGCAAUGGCAAGAAAGGACGCUGGCGCAGGCCAGGGGCGACGGAGACGGUGAUCAUAAAACUGCUAAUGGAGAACGACCGAGCGUACCGAUGCCGUUCCUGGGCGAAACCAAGGUGGAAGUGGCUUUUGCUGGCUCGGAUACGAAGGAGGCUGUCAAAGAGGAUCCUGGAAAAUCCAUGAAAGUUCUUCCGCCUUGGAUGAUACGGCAGGGAAUGUCUCUAACAGCACAGCAACGGGGCGAAGUUAAGACCGAGGAGGGUGCUUCCUCCGAUACAAAGCCAACCGUAGCGCCAACGAUGGACGAGAAGCCCAUGUCCGCCGAGAGGCAACUACAGGAGGAAUACGUGAAGGCUUAUUACGCAGCGCUGAUGCUCCAGCAGCAGCAGCAGCAGCAGCAACAGCCGCCAGGCGAUGCUCUGGACGAAGUCAAGAAGGAAGAACCGGAUCAAGAGAAUGGUUUUGCUGCGAUUGCUGGAGAUCGUGUUGUGGGGGUCAAGUCGAAGCGAGACGAUGCCGAAGACGAUGUAGAAUGGGAGGAAGAAGCUCCAUCCACAGAGGCUGGAGCUGCUGGAGCUGCUGACGUUGGCGACGAUGAUAUCGACUGGGAAUGAUCGUAGCCCACCACCACGUUGCUGGGAUUAUUUUUUGCUUUUCUCUCGCGGAAGAGAGCUAGAUAUAGCAUAGCAAAUGUUCUUUCCAAUUUUUAAUGUACGGAAGAACAUUGGUGGUCUGGCCGUACGGUGGAUCUGUUUAGAGUUAAGCUAAUAGACAUUCCCCACAUUUUUAACUU